UACAUGAUUUUCUUUAAAGUAUCAACGGGGAUACAGCUUAGCUAACCGCCUUUUCACGUAGGCCAGAAUAUCAUAUUAGGGCCUUACAUGAAUCUGACGGAAGGCUAAAUUAACUCGAUCAAACCAUUCCACAUGUGCACCGGAUAAUUCACCAUUUGUGUCAGAAAAUGACGUUUACAAUUAUACAUGAUGAUCACGGACAUAUAAACUGUAUGUCUGUAUAGGUCCGUGUAAUUAUAAACACUUUUUGGAGAUUCUAGACCAGUCUGCGUUCCAAGCUUAAGUCUAAGAGUGCAACGAACAUUUUCCACCAUCAUGCCGUACCGAAUAUUGAGGCCGAUCUACAAUCAUGAAUAUAAGUACUAGAAAUCGGAUUCCAAAAACACAACCCCAAAUCAUCGAAUAAUGUAAUAUUUAAAUGCGCCAAUAUGUCGAACGUAACAGUGGCACCAGCAUGACGUCAGCCCACAUCGCUGGAAAGAACAUACAUACGAAUACAUUUUAAAGACUGUCGCAUGAUAUGUCGCCGAUAUGCAUGCUGUAUAUGAUAAGAAUGGCAUGGAGAACACUGCCCUCAACAACAGUUACAGUGUCGUAAAUGGGGGGAGCUUCUUCUAGCAGCAAGCGUGGGGGUGGCGGUAGAACGGGGAAGCCCGGGGUGCCUGGACAACUAGCGGCCCCUGUAGGCCUGCCCCCACAGCCCCCCUACCACGGCCAUCCGGUCCUCUACCACCACGUUGUCAUUAAUGCAACCAUCGACAUCAACGCGCGGCUCAGCUUUAUGGCACCGGAUGUGAGCAUCGCGUGCACCAACGUGGAGCAGUACUACCCGCAGCUGGCAGCCAUGUACGAGCAAGGUUACCGGAUGUUGGUGUUUGUGUCACAUCCGGGUUCCACACGGUCGUACGGCCUGGGACAGGCGCAGUCCGUUGUCAAGUUCCAGGGCAUCUUCCGGCGGCUGUUUUCGGAGGAGGAGGGGCGGCAAUGGGAGCUGCGGGUGGAAAAGUCAUCCUUCCUUAACCAGACUUUCCUCAAUUGGUCCGGCUCCAUGCUUUUGACAGCUCGUCGCACAACCGGAAGUGCUACUGACAGUAGCCAAAUCUUCCAGACGCUUGAGAGGAUCACGGAAGCCGGUGGGCGGCUGGUGAGCGUGGAGUUGACGGGCAUGGCCGGACAGCAGCUUGAGAUGCAGCGGCAGCUCAUGUCGAGACAGGCGAACAGACAGUUAUGGAACACCGGAACUAUGCCCGUCAUGCAGGUUGCAGUUGAUGUGUUCUACGAGGUGCCGCGGUCAGGCGGCGGUGGUGAGCGGUACAUGUACCAGGUCGUGCCGUGCCCUAUGACGUCCCAGAUGACCAUGAGCGGUAUGCAACACCGUUGGGUCUCCACCAUCCCCUGGGAGACUGUCAUGAGCCAAUACCUCGGCUCGGGCUGGAAGCUCGUGGAGAUAUUCGAGGAUUAUUCAACGUCCAUGAACUACAACAACCAACAAAUGUUUUCUACGAAUAUUUCGAUGCAAAAGAACUGUCUGUGGAUAUUUGAGAAGCCGGCCUCUCGGCGCGACGACCCCACGCCUUUGUACGAGAGCACAAUGGUGGAACAUUGGUGUACUGUUAGCAUGGAAGUGCAUGCGAUGGGGUUCGGCGGGGCGUCCACGAAUGUCGCUACGAACUGGGAACCAAUGCUUGACCACUACGGACGUUCUGGGUGGCAGGUGGUUCGCAUUAUGGACACACCGGAUACGAGAAUCCAGGGCAUGUUCAACCCGACCAUCCACCAGAGGCAACUGAUAUUUUUUCAGAGACUGAAGGAGGGAUUCACGGAGAAUGGUUGCGGCGCUACUUCCGGUUUUCCCCGUGGCGCGCCACCAUCUUAUGGCGAAGUUGGAGCCGCCCCACCCCUUCCUUUCAAUGCACCCGCUGUUCCCGGGAGUAAUGAAUUGUAUUCCGAAAAACAUUAGUUACCUCCUUUUUUCAUUUGUGUUGUAAAUCUCUACUUGGUUAUUUGUCACUCACAAAUUCUGUACUUCGAAUUCCUCAUUUAACAUAUAUCAUCUUUUCUUUUAUUGGUAUAUUUUUAUACUUUUUUAUUUAUCUGCAUCAGAUCUCCUUUAUUGUAAAUGUUAUGCCUUAUAUUUGAAGCAAUAGACAGACCAAUUCAUUAUAUUACUAUUUAGAAAUAAAAUGCAUUUCUUA